AUGAACUCCCCAUCCUCGUUCAAGCUGUUGGCAGUAAAAAGUCUGCUGAAAGAUGAAGCCUUGGCUAUUUGUGCUCUGAAGGCCCUGCCCAUGGAACUCUUCCCACCCCUAUUUCAAGGGGCCUUUGAUGGCAAACAAACAAACAUCCUGAGGGCCAUGGUGGCAGCCUGGCCCUUCAGAUGCCUUCCUGUGGGAUCCCUCAAGAAGACUCCUGACCUGGAGAUUCUGAAGGCUCUGCUGGAUGGCCUUGACUUGCUGAUUAAGCAGAAGGAUACACCUAUGAGUUGCAAACUCGAAGUACUUGAUCUUCGAGAUACCCAGCAUAACUUCUGGAAGGUGUGGGCUGGAACAGAGGAUGUUGUCUGCUUUGCAGAUGUUGUUAGUGAGAGUCAACCAGCUGUGCGUAAUCCCAUUCGACGAGGAAAACAGGUUGUGACUGUGAGGAUGGAUCUUUCCCUGAAGUCCAGGGAUCUCUGUAAAUCCCUAAAAUAUUUCCACUGGUGGGCUAAGCAGAGGAAAGGUAUGCUGCAGGUGAUCUGUGAAAAGCUGGAGUUUGGGGCCCGACCUGUCUAUAAGCCCCUCAAACUGCUGGAGGUGUUUGAGCCAAGUUCUAUACAGGAGUUGGAAGUGAAUGCACACUGGGACCUGAGAACCCUUGCGAUGUUUGCCCCUGGCCUGGAACAGGUCAUUGCUAGGGACCCAGAUGAGGGGAAAGCAGAUCUUCGGAGGGGUGCAGUUUUCAAGUACUUGGAGAGUCCCUUAGAGACCCUUGCAAUCACUCGCUGCAAGCUAUCAGAAUCAGACAUGAGGUAUCUGUCACAGUGUCCAAGUGUCUGUCACCUCACAUAUCUGGACCAGAGUGGUGUCACUUUUUUAUAUUUAAGUCAUCCACUCCUAGGAAGACUGUUGGAGAGAUUGACAGCUACACUGCAGACAUUAAAAUUGAAGGAUUGUAUGCUCAUGAACUUCCAAAUCGAUGACCUCCUCCCAGCACUGAGUCAGUGUUCUCAGUUGGUUGAGGUGAAUUUUGUGCACAACUUGCUGUCUGUGUCCAGUCUCAAGAAGCUGCUGCAGCACACUGCUAACCUGAGAAAGCUGACCCUGGAGAUGUACCCUGCCCCUACUGAAGUCUAUAAUGCCAUUGGUGAUGUCAUUCCAGACAGAUUUGUGCAUCAUUGUUCUGAGCUCUUGGAAACUCUCAGAGGUGUAAGAGAGCUGAAAGAAAUCUAUUUUGUGAAUAAGAGAUGUCUACACUGCCGGACAUUCUGUGUCUAUGACCUGGAGGCCUUCCUCUGUUCAUGUUGGGAAUAA